GCCCGGCAGAAACUAUCAUGCACUAACGUCAUAGGCCUGUAGUGCACCACAGCUCCAUCAUAGUGCGCAUUCUACAUCAUCCUUAUGAACAUCUAAUUUCACGCCAAACGUAUAUCAAUAUGUCUACCUCGGUUUGGCCAUCUUUACCUGCCCAUGAGUUAAUGAAAGAAGAGGAUGAUUCUACGGUACAUACAUACAUAGUUUCCCCUACACGUUUGCGACACGACAUAACGUGAACUAACCAUCAUUUCAGGAACGCGAAUUAUCAUGGCUUCUAGAAUCACUUCAGGACACUUUAGCUUCACUCAAGACGGGCCUCGAAGAUUGUUAUGCACUUCUUGCGCCGGUUGAGCCAGGGUCUACCCUUGUUAUGUCAUCACCUCGUUCUGAGUAUCUAAAGGGUCACAUUACGCGCGUCGGCACUCAGGUGGUUAAAGGAGUUUGUUCUCCCUCUUCCUCGCUACUCCUACCGAUUUUCAAUUUCUUUCAAUUCCCUACCAUGCGCAAAAUAUUGGACCUCUCAUAGUCAUGCGCUACUAACACUUUUGUUCCCUAGACGCUUCACCUCCGCCUUAAAUCUCUCCCGCCGACCUCCUUUUCCAUCUCCCCAAUCCUACCUAUCGUUCUCGAACCCCUCACGCAGCUGCGCAAUCUUCUAAACCAAAGCCUUGAUUGUGUCGAUAUAACUCGUUGGACUGGUGACCGUCACUCCGCUCCUUUCAUAUCCUCACAGCUACAUCUCCUACAUAGUAUCCUCACCGAAGCCAAGCUCGUUCUCAAAGGCCCUUCUCUCCUCGAAUCUCCCACUCAAACCCCCGCCUCUUUGAAUUGGGCACACAAGCCCGUCGAUCCCGAUACUUUCUCCCCAUCACUACCUCCCAAUCUGUCUCUCGAUCUUACAAUCUCCGAUGGCUCAAUACUGCUUACCAUACGAGUUCUUGAACCCGUAGCACAACAAGUGAAUUUGGGAAGCAGAAUAGCAUUUGCGAUAGGAGCGCAGAGGAGAUUGGAGCAUGAUGAGAUGGAUGAGGUGUUUAUGUAUAAAGGAGAAGAAGUCCGGGUUAAAGAGAAGGUGAGGGUGGAGAGUGGAGAUCCGAAGUUAAUGAGUGUUUUGGCCAAGGUGGCGGCAUUGGAGCAUACGGUCGAGGGGGCGAGAGCAGGGCUAAAGAUUGUCAUGGGUGGAGAUGUUGAGGACGGCGAGGAAUAGUGAUACAAUGUGUAUUGCUUUCGUAAAAAAUUGCACGACAGAUUCAGCUCAGGUCUAUUGAUAUAUGUGGACGACACGAAACAAGUCAAAGUUGAUGUUCUCUGUCAUGGUGCUAAAGGCAUGGCUGACUCGAGUGCCAGGUAAAUACAGAUCUUUCAGAGUAGAUGUGUCAAGAUUGACAAACUGAAUAAGCCUCUGUAGUAGUACUGGAACAGGCAUACUUUUUCUCUGCGAUGAUACCCUUAUAGAGCUCUUUGGUCUUGAUAAUUAAAUAAUGACGUUUGUACCAUGAAGUGUAUUCAUUCUAUCAUCCCUUACCCGUCUAUCCCCAUCUUGUACACUAAUGAUC